UUUCCCUAUAAAACUUGACCUUCACUUUCAUGUUUAUCUUCUUCGAAUAAACCUUUUCACCUACCCAUCUAUUAGAAAACCAUUCACCCAAUCUCUUGUUUGUUUCAUAACUCUUGUUCAAUCGGUGAUUUCCCUUCUCCUUUUCGGAAAAUUGUGUGUUUUCAGCCAGUGCAGUUCUUCCAAUCUAGGACUGAGUUAGAUUAAUAGAUUUCUUUCUGCGUGGAGAGCACAGGGCUUUUGCAGAACACCUCGAUGUUUACGGAAUUUCUAUGACCCUCGCCAACCUUAUGCGUCGAAUUCGUCUUCUGCACUCCUUCUCCGUUGCGUUCCUCUACUGGUUCUACGUGUUCUCAUGAACUUCCUCUCAAUUCCUUGAUCUCUCUGUUUUUUUUUUUAGUUUUCUAGCAAAUUAGAUCCGCAAAUUUUAUUUCCAUAAUCUUGAGAAAAUCAUCCAUCGAAAAACUCGUUGCUCCAAAUCGGUUGAGAAGAGAAAGAAAUGGCCUCGACUCAGCGUCCUGUAAGUUCAGGAUCGGAAGGUGGAGAUCCGCAGAUGGACGAGAGGAAGAGGAAGAGGAUGCUGUCGAACCGCGAAUCGGCGAGGAGAUCGCGGAUGAGGAAGCAGAAACAGAUGGAAGACCUAACCAACGAAGUGAGCAGAUUGCAAAGCGAGAAUAAGCAGCUAGCUCAGAGCAUAAAGGUGAAGGAGGAACAGUACGCGGAGAUGGAAGCAGCCAAUGACAUCGUGAAGGUUCAGACAAUGGAACUCGCUGAUCGAUUGCGCUUUUUGAACUCCAUCCUUGAGAUCGCUGAAGAUGUUAAUGUGUUCUCCGAUGAGAUCCCUCUGAUACCAGAUUCUCUCCUCAACCCCUGGCAGAUUCCUUAUCCAAUUCACCCCAUUAUGGCCUCCGCAGAUAUGUUAAUGCAUUGAUAACAAGGCUUGUUUCCUUAGUUCCUUUGGGCUGGCAUUUCUAGUCUUAUGUUAUCAGUGAAUAAAGAGAGGGACUGGUGGGUGUGGAAGCUAAGAUGUUAUAUUUGUUUGUUGUUGUUGUUGUUGUUGUUGUAAUGUGUAUGUUUUGUGUUAAUGGCGUUGUCUUGUUUUGUUUAUGUGUGCAAUUUUGUUCAGUUAUCUUGAAUUUAGUCGUUCGCCGCCCUCGAUUGCAUGAUACAAUUGUGAUUUGAUCGGCUUUUAUUUAGUGGUUUCUUCACCGGAGCUUCUAGGCCAUGGGCUGUAUUCCAUGUGUUGUGUAAUUUAUUUAGUUAAACGAAGUUAAUAUUCCAUAAUGUACAACCCAUGUAUUUUGUAAUUUA